CAUCACGUACAUCACUUGAUCACUUCUAAGAACCACACACACAAACAGAAAUGCUCCUUCACUCUAAUCAUCUCCCAACCCUCUCUUCCUACACUCAUUCUCCAAACCCUAACUAUAACCGUAACCGUUACCAUAAUGCUAACUCAACUGUUUACAUCAAGUUCCGAACAAACUACCGUGAAAACCUGCGUUACCUUAAAACCUUAACCAUAAUCGACCCAAAAACCCAACCCAACAACCUCCCUCUCCCCGACGCCGUCGACCACAUCCUCGCCACACUCAACUUCCUCAAAUCCCAUUCAUUCUCCGACGCCGACAUCCCCCGCCUCGCCUUCCUCUGUCCCCACCUCUUCUCCUCCGCCGUCGACCCCACCGACAUAGCCCCCGUCUUCCAUUUCCUCGCCGCCGACCUCCUCGCCACCGCCGACCAGUCCCGGGGCCUCAUCGUCCGGUGCCCCAAGCUCCUCUUCUCAGACGUCGACCUCUGCCUCCGACCCACCCUGCGGUUUCUCCGGGAGGUUGGGGUUGGCGACCUGAACCGGGCGACGAACCGGAACGCUCACCUGCUGAACACGCGCGUGGAGAAGCUGCGCGUGAAGGUGAGGUUCCUCGAGGAUGUGGGGUUGACGAACGAGGAGGCUAUGAAGGCUUGUGCAAGGUUGCCGGCGAUAUUCGGGUAUGGGGUGGAGAAUAAUCUGUGGCCAAAGUUUGAGUAUUUGGUGAAGGAGAUGGAGAGAGAGUUGGAGGAGUUGAAGGGUUUUCCUCAGUACUUUGGGUUCAGUUUGGAGAAGAGGAUUGUGCCUCGGCAUUUGCAUUUGAAGGAGAGAGGUGUGAAGAUUCCGUUGAAUAGAAUGUUGCUGUGGGGUGAUGACAAAUUCUUCGCGAAGUGGAAGUGAACUUGUUUAAUUUGCAUUGAUUCCAUUGUAUGUUAUGAGAAACGUUAAUUCGAUAGAGAAGAAGAAAAAGAAUAGGGAACUAAUGUUUUAUUAACAUGUAUUAAUUUUUUUAUUAUAAACUUAUAAGUAAAUAUUUCAAUUAUGUAACUU